GCUACGGUGAAGGCUUUCUUAAAAAUUGAGAGUAACAUUGCAAUACACCAGGAAUAUCUGUGGAAAAUGAAUUUUGCUGAAUCCAAAUGUUGUCAACGUCCAAGUCCUCCCAAUGUGUCUGCCAUAAUCACCUUUGGAUUUUUUUACAGUUUUUUGUUCGUCAUGAUACUUUUGCAAGCCUACGCACAUCGAUUGCGCAGAAAAAUUUCGGCAUUGUUUUACCCGAAACGAGAGGAGGAACGAGUUUUGUAUCUCCUUGAAAAAAUAAUACACAAGCAUGCUGUGGAUGAUAUGUAUCAAACUAAUGCUCCAUUUGA